CAAUGCACACCUCUUUUGAAAAAAAACAUCAGAACCUUUAUUAAGGUUUUUAGUAGGAAAAAUAGUCUUAUUUGAAACCUACUUAAUAAUUGUGACUUGAAGUUGAGUUACAUCUUAAUCAACAUCAUUUGUAUCAUCUACAGAUCCCCACUUAAAACUAACCAUGGGAAGUCGAUCUUCUCUGAUGCUUCAAGAUGAGGAAAUUGCUAUAAUCCAAGAAGAAACUGGAUUUACGCCAAAUCAAAUUGAAAGAUUAUACAGUAGAUUUGCUUCACUGGAUAAAGGUGACAAUGGAACUUUGAGUCGUGAUGAUUUCUUACGGAUUCCUGAACUCGCCAUUAAUCCACUUGGAGAUCGUAUAGUUCAGGCUUUUUUUGGUGAUGAAGAAAGAAUCAAUUUUCGCCACUUUAUGAGAGUUUUGUCAACCUUUAGGCCUGUUAAAAAGAACCGUGAUAAUAAGCUUAACAAUCGAAGAGAAAAACUUCGAUUUGCUUUCAAGUUAUAUGAUUUAGAUGAGAAUGAAAAGAUUACCCGUGAAGAGUUAUUGGAAAUUUUACACAUGAUGGUUGGAGCAAACAUUUCAAAUGAACAGUUAGCAAGUAUUGCCGAUCGUACCAUCAUGGAAGCGGAUAAAGAUGGUGAUCAGUGCAUAUCAUUCGAGGAAUUUUGUAACAUCUUGGAAAGAACUGAUGUCGAAGAGAAGAUGUCGAUUCGUUUUCUUCAUUGAAAAAGGCCUUUGAACACGUCCAAUUACGGAAAAGGUUAACAUAACGCGCAAAAACGGAACGUUACUAUUGAUAUUAAAAGUGAGCUGGAGUUAAAUGGUUAAAUUUUACCUGGAUGAUACAAAAUUAAUUUUAUAAAUAUACAUAGGAAGAUGAAUUUAUUGUUAAACUUUAUUUCUGGAGACAAUUUUGAAAGAAAUAAUUUUGUUUUUAAUAAAAUCAUGAAAUUUAAAGUUAACUAAAGCACAAUGCAACCAUUAGUGAAGGACCAUUUGAAUUUUGUUGUCAAAUCUUAAUUAUAAUCCAAUGUUUCAUCAGUGUAAUAAAUCACAAUUUCAAGAAAAAUGAUCUCAUUUACUUGAACAUUCAAAGUUUUUAGUUUAAUUGAGAUUAAAGUUGUUGCAAAUUAAUUA